UUUGUUGCGGUGCCCAAUGGGGGCGCUCCGAACGUCUGCGGCUGCCGGGUAACAUGGUUACAUGUCAGAGAGUAACACUUGAUCAUGGAACAUGGAAUGAGGCGAAAGCGAGCGAAUCCGCUGCAGCAGCACCAGCCACAGCCGCCUGGAGAAGCUCCGGUGCAAUGAAUCCCGCCGCAGCCAGAUUCUGUCUGCAAGAGGAAAGACCCGCCAGUGAUCUUCUUGGCAGCUGUUAGCAAGCAACUUUGGGUUGGCCUAAUUCCUUGAGCAGGAGACGGGGCAGAAAAGAUGGCUUGGCUGGGGUAUUGAGCAGCCUGUGUUCCCCUGCCCUGCUGUGUCUGGACUGCUUACUCCUGUGAAACUCACAAUGACAGGAUCCAGCUCCAAUGCUUCUCGCAACCCCCACCCCAAAGGAGAGAAGGGGGGCCGCUCAAGGAGCACGCACGCUCGACCCAUCAGUACAGCCAACAAUGGAGGCUCAGAAGAGGAAGACAAAGAUGGAGGAGUGCUUUUCCUUGUCAACAAAAGUGGCUUUCCUCUUGAUGGGCAAACCUGGGAAAGGAUGUGGGGGCACGUGGCAAAAGUGCACCCCUCAGGCAGAGAGAUGGUAGCCGCCAUAAGGAAUGCAGUCUGCCUUCCAAAACCUUCAGUGCCAGCCGUGCCAAACUACAAGGCUUCCAUGACUAUCCCAGAAUGGCUUCAGGCAAUACAGAAUUAUAUGAAGAUGCUGCAAUACAAUCACACAGGAACUCAAUUCUUCGAAAUUAGAAAAUCAAGACCUUUAAGUGGGUUGAUGGAAACAGCAAGAGAAAUGACCAGAGAAUCUUUACCUAUCAAAUGCCUUGAAGCAGUUAUCUUGGGGAUAUAUUUAACCAACGGGCAACCUUCUGUGGAACGAUUCCCCAUCAGCUUUAAAUCCCACUUCUCAGGGAACAAUUUUCAUCAUGUGGUGCUUGGAAUUUAUUGCAAUGGCCGAUACGGAUCACUGGGCAUGAGCAGACGGUCUGAACUGAUGGACAAGCCUUUGAUCUACCGAACUCUGAGUGACCUCAUCUUUGAAUUCGAAGACUCCUAUAAAAAGCACUUGCACUCAGUAAAAAAAGUAAAAAUUGGAUUGUAUGUCCCACAUGAGCCACACAGUUUUCAGCCCAUUGAAUGGAAACAGUUGGUGCUCAACGUGUCAAAGAUGAUGCGGUCGGAGAUCAGGAAGGAAUUGGAGAAAUAUGCCAGGGAUAUGAGAAUGAAGAUUUUGAAACCCGCAAGUGCCCAUUCUCCAGUCAAGCAGCGAUCACGAGGGAAGUCCCUAUCACCUCGAAGGAGACAAGCCAGCCCUCAGAGACGAGCGUGCAGAAGAGACAAAUCGAGACACCUGGAUCCUAUUGAACUGACUGGAAUCUUCAGGCCAGCUGUAAUGGAUAAGAAGGUGGGUGACUUCUCUACACUGAAUGAAGUAGGCUACCAGCUACGCAUCUGACAGAAACAGAGGCCAAAUAAGAUGGCUUCCAGGGUGCUUCUUACCGCACUUUACCCUGUGACCUGUGGACAUGAUGGGGGAGGGAAGGGGUUGCAACUAUUUAUGAUGGACAUAAGGAUUUUAUUUACGUUCCCCCCUUAGGAACUAGGAAUCCUAGAAUUUUAUGAUGGUAUUAUUAUUAUUAUUGCUUUUUAAAUCCAUGAAGUGGAAUCAAGAAAAAGGGAAAUUCAAAAUUCUCUUCACCUCUGAUAAUGUUAUUAAUCUCUAUCCAGUUAAAAGGGAUGGUAAUGUGGCGUAGCUUGGUUUUGUUUGGGUUUGGGUUGGAAUAAUUGUUUCUAUAUUGGCUGUUUUUCAUUGGCUUAGAGCAUUGUGUGAUGAUGUCUGUAGGAUUUAGGAAUGGCGACAAUGAAAGUAUAUUCCUUGGUAUUGUUCAAAAGGUGCUGGGGGGCAGCAGGUUGCAAGUCCAUGGCACACUAUGAAGGGAACUUCCCUUGUGGAAAUCCCAUUAGAAAUUAAUGGAAUUUGCAAAAGUCCUAUUCAUUUCAGGGGCAUUCAAUAUGAGAGAUAUAGUUAACAGACUGUGUCUCAAGUCCAGUAUUAAUGUGACAUUCAGCAAUAAAAAAGCAGUCUAGAGGUUGUGGGAGUUUUUUGUUUUUGAAGCAUCAGUAUUACCUCAAGAAUCUUUACAAUAGAUAUGCAAAACUGACAGUAUUUUAAUUUUGUAACAGAUUUGUACUGUGUUCCCAGUUUUUCUGAUAGCAGAGGCUUUACUGCACCAUCUCUGACCCACCCAUUCCGCCUUAUUCUUAUGUGCAUGUGUAUGAAAGAACUGAAGGUGUAUUAUAUGCAAGUGUCUUAUUAAAAGCACUGACAACUUUGUUAGGAAUACAGCAAACUGUUAAUUGUCCACUGAAAAAAAUGAAAUGACUAUGCUUUUCUUUUUUAUUGCUGGUUUAUAAAAUAAUUUGUCACAAACUUUUAAUCUCCACCGCUUACUGUCUUUAAGCACAAUUGGAACAAUCCAGUGGCUCUGACUUGCACAUGUGAGCGCUCAUCUUCAUAUGGAGCUCUGCGCAUUCAAGUGCUGCCCCAUUAUCUUUUCUAAGUUAGGGAGUGCUCUGCACAUGCAAUGGGGAUUCCCCACUGUGUUUGUGGGAUAUUCUCCAUUGUAGAAAAAAUGGGGACUUCUACAUGUGCAUUUGAAUUUGAUGUGCAUGGUGAAGCUCUGGAUCAUCCCGAAGAAACAGAGAUCAAUGUUUUGUACAGAUGAACAUUGUAACAAUAGUCAAAUCAUGUGCAUUGACCAUUCUUACAAAUAAUGUCAGUAUCUAUGAGCUUCCCUUUAGAAUGUACUUUUCUUCGUCUGUUUAUAUGCCUGCAUUUUUUAAAUAAUAUGUUCAAAGGGAUUGAUACUCCAAAACAAUGAUGUCUUGUCAUCUUAUAUUAAGAUCAGACAUCCUGCAUGAAGUGAUGGCUAAUGCGUUUGGAUAACUGGCCCUUUGUAUGGGUUACGGUCAAAUAGAAAUAAAUGAAGGGAUAACUCCUUAGCUGAGGAAACAUAUCUUGAGAACACAGCUAUCAAAGGAAGUCCACUCUAUAACAGGAAUAGUCUGCUCAGUAGUUUGGGGGAGAGCAGGCCACUGGAUUCCUGUAGCUUAAUGCUGAUGUAACAUCAGGGACCGCUUAAACAUGAUGAAGAACUGUUCUUUUGCACGCUUCUCUUCUCCUUUCUCUCACCGGGCCAAUCUCCAGCCCACUUCCCAUUCCAGUAUUAACUGUGGUUUCGUAUUAGAUGUGUGCUGCUGAAAAUCUUUUCCCUUGCAAAUGAGGUUCACUCAAAUGGGUGAUCUGAAAACCCACUUCAUAAUUUCAGCCCUGGAUUAUAAUCAAAUCAUGAUUUCAGUUGGUGCACCAAUAAUGUGAAGCCAUGCUUAGCAACAGGAAGCAAAGGGAGUGUGCCAUUGUUCUGAAGAGUGGAGGAGUAAGAGAGCCCAUGAUCUGCUCCUGUCUCUGAGCUAUGGU